AUGUUUUCUGGAAGAUUGGGGGCAGACGAAUCUCAUUGUCAAGAUUUACAGAAUUUGAGUGUGUCAAAGCGACUUGUGAGGAGUGUCAGUCAGAGGUUGAGAAAGAAGAAUAACCGGAAUGCAGCGGACGAAGAUGAUGAUGUGAAUGGAGUUUCUUUAAGAUGCCUAAAUCUGUAUGGACGAGGUGGGGGCUGUAAGGUAGGUGCUGACACCAGUGAUGAUUUUGGUGAUUCAAGCAGUAGAAGAAGAUCUAGUGCCAGUGACGAAGGAAAGGGAUAUAAGCCGAUUUGUGGCCCUGAAGAAACUGCCGUGGAUUGCUUUUCAUAUGGGGUGAAGGACAGGUUUUGGAGAAGAUACAACCGAAAGAAUUCAGAGCUUGAAGAAUUUUUGACAAACAAUAGAAUGCAUAUCUUUCUUCCUGAUGAUAUUCUUGAAAUGUGUUUGGUUAGGCUCCCAUUGACAAGUCUCAUGAAUGCCCGACUUGUAUGCAAAAAAUGGAGGUCCUUGACCACCACUCCUAGAUUCCUCCAAAUGCGGAGGGAGGGGUCCUAUCAAAGUCCAUGGUUGUUUCUGUUUGGUGCUGUUAAAGAUGGCUUUUGUUCUGGUGAGAUACAUGCACUGGAUGUGUCUCUGAAUCAAUGGCACAGGAUAGAUGCUCAUUUUCUCAGAGGAAGGUUCUUGUUCUCCGUUGCUGGUAUACAUGAUGAUAUCUUCAUUGUUGGAGGAUGUUCUAGCCUGACUAACUUUGGGAAAGUUGAUAGAAGCUCGUACAGGACACACAGAGGGGUUCUUGUAUUUAGUCCAUUGACAAAAUCUUGGCGUAAAAUGCCGUACAUGAAAUAUGCUAGAUCAAAUCCUAUAUUAGGAGUCUCUGAGGUCAGUUUGGACUUUCCAACUUGCCAAAGUCAUCAAAGUCGGCAGGAUAGACGUUUUCCAAGAUCAAGGAUUGGUGGCGUUUCAGAUGUUUAUGAGGAUCCUCACAAGCUUUCAUUGAGACGUCAUUGCAGAUCUUCUUUUAAUGAGACGGAAGCUUCGUCUUUGCCCAGUCGGAAGGCAUACAAAUUCCUUAGACAAAAAAGUGAUCAUUCAAGCUCAAAGGGCAGUAAAAGAUUCUUGUUGAUAGCCGUAGGAGGUCUGGGAUCUUGGGAUGAGCCUCUGGACUCUGGAGAAAUCUAUGAUUCUGUGUCAAAUAAAUGGACCGAAAUCCCAAGAUUACCUUUUGAUUUUGGGGUUGCUCGUUCUGGAAUUGUUUGUGGCAGGAUGUUUUAUGUUUAUUCUGAAACAGACAAGCUUGCAGCGUAUGACGUAGAACGAGGUUUCUGGAUUGCAAUUCAAGCCACUCCAAUCCCGCCCCGUGUACAUGAAUACUACCCCAUACUUGUAUCUUCUAAUGGCCGCCUUUUCAUGCUCUGUGUGUCCUGGUGUGAAGGGGAUGGUCAAAUCGGGCAACGAAACAAGGCUGUUAGAAAACUAUGGGAGUUUGAUCUCACGUAUCUUACCUGGACUGAAGCCUCAGUGCAUCCUGAUGCACCAAUGGACUGGAGUGCUGUUUUUCUGUCGGAUAAAAACCUCAUUUUUGGGGUAGAGAUGUUCAAAAUAUUUGGUCGGGUGUUAAGUUUUUUCACUGUUUGUGAUGUAUCUGAUAUCGGAAACUGGAACCAUAUUUCAGGGAACCAUGUUACUCAUGAGCUCGAUGGUUCUUCCUGCUUGACCAAAUCUGUGGCAGUGUUACACCUUUGA